AUAUUCAACUAUAUAAUUUUAUGAAUCAUACUGGUUUAUUUCUUUUACCUUCUUUAUUCUAUUAUACCCCAGAUAAAGAAAUCAAACAUUGCUGGAACAAUAAAUACAAAACUAGGUUUAAUUACACUUUAUUUGAUAAAUCAAUUGAUAAACCGACUGAUGAACCAACUGAUGAACCAACUGAUGAACCAACUGAUGAACCAACUGAUGAAUCAACUGAUGAUCAAACAAAGUUUGUGUUUGGAAUUCGAAAUGGAUGUGUUUGGAAAUCUAAAUUUGACGAAAAGAUGCCAAAGACGAACUUUUCAAAUUCUGAUGAAUUAAACAAAGAAAAUAAUAAAAUUGUUGAAUGUGAUGAAUACUUAAAUUUUCAUCUAUUUAAUAUAUAUAGUAUGGAUACUAUGUCUACUUUAUUUCAAAAAGCCAUAAAUGAUUAUAGUUUUGGAUAUUCAACUGAAUUAACUGGAAAUUUAAUUAAAUGGAAUAUACAUAUUGGUGACGGUGAAAUUAAACUGGAAGUUUUCAAAAAAGGAAAAUUAAUUAGCACGAGAAUUGAAAGUUUUCUUUCUUUUUUUUAUCCAGAUUAUAACAAAAAGAAUAUCAUAUAUGUCACAAUUGAUCAUAAAUUAGUUGCAAGCUCAUUAUUUAAUAAUGAUGAUAUUGUUAUAUUGACAACAUUUGGAAUUCUUAUUUAUACUUUUAAUGAAAAUAACAAAUCUAAUGAUAAUGACAAACAUAUUUUUUUAAACUAUUUUUAUUCUAUGGAAUUAACUUUUAAUAGAAAAAAAGAUAUGAAAAUACUUCAAUAUUACAAAAAAAUGUUUUCAAAAUCUACUUUACCAUCACCAAAUUAUGAUAGUUUUAGAUCACUAGAUGGAUGGAUUUCAGAUGUAAAAAAUAAUAAGUUAAUUCUUUUGAAAUAUGGAGUUGAAUUAUUAAAAUUUGCAAUUAUAGAACAUAAGUUAGAAUUAAUUGAUGAUAUUUAUAAAAAAUGUAUGACUUAUUUUAAAGAGGAUUUAAUGAACAAUAAGUCAUUUUUAAGCAUUAUCACUUCUGCAAUGCCAUUACUAGAUGAAUAUUAUCCAGAAUAUAUUCUAAAAUAUUCAUCAGAAAUGAAUAUGAUCAUAGAUUCUCCUUUUUAUAGUAUAGAGCAUCAAAAUAAAAAUUUCCAUCUUUAUUCUUUUUUUAAAUCUCCUCAAAUAGCUAAUUUAUCGAAAUCUCUUUUAUGGACAAAAUACAGUUAUAAAUUUGGUUAUUACAAAUCUUAUUAUUCAUUAUUGUUAAAAUUAUUGCGUAUUAUAUUGAUAAUUAUAUUUGUUAUAACUUUACCCCUUUAUUUAGCUACAUUUUAUAUUUUAUCAAAAUACAAUUUUAUUAAUAAUAUUUAUAGAGAAGAAAUAUUUUCUCUUACUUAUUUCUACAUUGAACGUAAAAUUUUUAAAAAAUAUAUAACAACAACACCAACAAUUACUUUUAUGAUUCCUUAUAUUAAUUUUGUUAAUUAUUCAAGAGAUUAUAAUUGGUUUUUAGAAUUAAUUAAACCUCAACCUAGUCCAUUUACUGAAACAAUAAAUAGAAAUAUUUACAAAACAUGGAAUGGAGAAGCAUUAAUUAAUUUUAAAUGGAAUGCUUAUGGAAAAUAUUAUUAUGCAAUGAUUUGGAUUUUAUUUAUGGCUUUGCUUGGAUGCUUUACUACUGCUGCAACAAUUUCUCAGAAAUAUAUUAAUGAAGAAGUUAGACAACAACUUUUUAUUGUUUCGAUUAUACUUGGAUUUAUUCAUCUGAUUUUAGAAAUUCGUCAAUUUUUUUAUAAAAUUACUGAGUGGUUCAAGAAUUUUUGGAAUAUUUUUGAUAUAAUUGCUUAUGUCCUUUCAAUUUACACUUCUAUUUAUUGGCUUCAAACAAAUGAUAAGA